UCACACUAAUAGUAAAAGCUGAUAUUUUAUAAACUUCUCACAUAUAUUACAUUUUAAUCCAGGAAUCAAAUAGAAACAUAAAGAUGAUUUUCAGAUCAUGUUUAUGUGAAGGAGUCUGAUCAGUAAGUGAGAUUCCACUUCCAUCAGUCAGCUUCUUUCCCACAAUGCACCUGUGUGUAACCUCACUGCAGUGUAAUAAUGUACAGAGACGUUUACCGUGUCGAGUAAAAGACACAACAAACACGCAGCAUAUAACACACACCACUGACAGACUCCAUCAGAAUGUCUCUCCUACACUUUAUUUUCUCCUGCACUAAUAAGGAGCUACACCUCAGUAUGGGAGAAGAUCUAAAUGGACUGAUGAGUCAUUGAUGUUCUCCAUAUACAAUGUUCUAUAGUUACAUGAGCUGAUAUCAGAACAGUUUUAUAUUUGUCUUGAAGCAGUUGUAUAAAUACACAUACAUUAAUAAUUUGUUUCUGGCUGCAUGAUUUUUCCCUCCACAGUUAUGUUUCUGUACCUGAUGAAUCUCUCUAAUAAAGAGGCACAAUCUGGAGCUCAACAGAGGACAGAACAGACAGACUUCUGGGUUUAUCAGAGAGACAGAAAAUGGACAGAAGAUGAGAGAAAGAAAAUGGAGAAAUCUGUUCUACUGACUGUUUUUAAGGAACUGGACGGAGCAUCACAAUUACUGAGAAACAAAGACAAGAUAAUCUCAGAACUGAAGAAUCAACAGAAAACUGAGUUAACAGAAGAAAAACAACAGCUUGAAGAGAAAGAGAGUCUUCUAACUGAGAGAGAGACACAGCUAAUGGAAAGAGACAAAGAGCUUCAGAAGAAGGACAAGACACUGGAAGAGAAGGAGAAACAGCUCAAACAGACAAGAGCUGUACUGGACAAAACAAUUAAUGUGUUAGACGACAGUCAGCGAAUCGUGGAGGAUAAAAACACACAAUUAGAGAAUCUGAACAAACUGCUGAAGGAGAAAGAAACACAGUUGAAGAACACAGAUAAAGAGCUGGAAACCAGUACAAAUAAACUGGACACACUGGGACAGGAGCUGCAGGACAAGCAGAGACAACUACAGCACAUGAUAAUCGUAGUGGAACAACAGAAAUCUGAGUUAGCAGAAAAAAAACAACUACUUGAAGAGAAAGAGAGUCUUCUAACUAAGAGAGAGACACACUUAAUAGAAAGAGACAAAGAGCUUCAGAAGAAGGACAAGACACUGGAAGAGAAAGAGAAACUGCUCAAACAGACAAGCGCUGUACUGGACAAAACAAUUAAGGUGUUAGAUGACAGUCAGCGACACGUGGAGGAGAAAAACACACAAUUAGAGAAUCUGAACAAACUGCUGACGGACAAUCAGAGACAACUACAGCACAUGAUGAUCGUAGUGGAACAACAGAAAUCUGAGUUAGCAGAAAAAAACCAACAGCUUGAAGAGAAAGAGACACAGCUAAUGGGAAGAGACAAAGAGCUUCAGGAGAAAGACAGACUUCUAGAGGAGAAAACAAAGCAGCUGCAGGAACAGACAGAUCCAGAAUCAUCAGCCUCCAUCAGGAGAAGAAACAGCAAGGAACUUUUACCUCCAAAAAUGAGUGACGAGACUCAGGACUCAGCAGCACCAAUCAGGAAAACUAACAGUAUGGAGGGAAAUCGUCCAACAUUGGGUGGAGAAUCGUCUAGUCCACAUCCUCCAGCAUCGGUUCCUGUAGCAGAACUGAGGCUGGUGCUGCUGGGGAGGACGGGGUCUGGGAAGAGUGUAACAGGAAACAUCAUCCUGGGCAGAGAGGAGAGGAACCAGGCUGCUACGUCUACAGCUACAUCUACAGCCACCCAGCAGAGUGAGAGCACACAGGGGGAGGUGGCCGGGAGGAAGGUGACUGUGGUGGACACGCCUGACUGGUUCUCUCCUGAACUCUCUCUGGAGAAGCUGAGACAAGACGUGGGACACUGUGUCCAUCUGUCUGCUCCAGGACCCCACGCCUUCCUCCUGGUCAUACCUCUAAAGCAGCCUACAGGAGAGGAGAGAGGGAUGCUGGAGAAAAUAGAGGAGAUCUUUGGAGAGACAUGCUGGAGAAACACAAUGAUCAUAUUCAGUGUUACUGAUGAACAUCAGAAGAAGAACAUUGAGGACUUCAUCCAAUCAGGAGACCAGGAAGUCCAGAGACUUGUAGAGAAAUGUGGGAAAAGGUUUCACUGUCUCAACAUUAAAGAGAGUGGAGAUGGUUCUCAGGUCUCAGAGCUAUUGGAGAAGAUAGAGAAGAUGGUGGAAGGAAGCAGAGAGAAAUUAUACAGCACUGACAUCUACCUGGAGAUAGAAUCUCUCAUUAGAGCCAUGGAGGCAACGAUUCGAAAGAAAAAAGAAGAGAAAAGAGAGAGAGAGGAGAUGGACAUGAAAGAAAAAAUAGAGAACGAGGUGCAGGAUUCUCUGAGAAAGAUAGCGGGAGUGAUUGAGGAGCAUGAAAGAGACAUCAGACAACUUAAUGACCGAACAACUGAACUGGAGAGAAAGAUGAAAGAAGAGAGGGAUAAAGAGAAAAAGAAAGAACUGGAACUGGAACUGGAACAAGAGGUAGAGCGAAGGACAGAAAUCGGAGAUGAGUUGAUGAAACUAAAAGAAAAGAGAGAGAUGGAGAGGAUAGAGAUGGAGGAGAGGCACAGACAAGAGAUGGAGGAGAUUUGGGAAAUGUAUGAAGGAGAUGUCAUGACAGAGGCGGAGAGAAAGCUCAUGAAGAUCAUCCUGCCUGAACUCCAGAGAAAGCUUUUAGUCUCAAAAACAAAGAUGCAGGAAGAUUUCAGCAGACAGAUGGAGGAGAAGUACAGAGAGCUGGAGAAUCUUCAACAGAAACUUUUUGAGGUCACAGAAAAUUUCAGUAUGCUGAAAGAAGCUUACAUUACAACUGUGCUGGAAUUAACAAACCCAGAACAGGAAUAAACACUUUACUUGAAAGCUGAAGGUACAUUUUAAGGGUUUGAUGAUACACUGGUUUGACACCUUCAGGACAAAACCUGUGGAAAAUAUAUUUCAUUAUUUAUGCACAUUGUUUUAUUCACCUUUAAACAACACUAUUAACCAUUUUAUACCACACUGCUGCUCAAUGAGGUUCAUAUUUGUAACAUUAAAUUGAAGGAGUUGAUGGUUUGUGAAAGAUCAGAGCUCACUACAGUUCACUGUAUAAUCAGUGUAACAAAUACAGUGCACCAUUUUAAACCUCAUGAAGAUCAUCCUGCCUGAACUCCAGAGAAACAUGUUGUCCUCAAAAACAAAGGUGUAAAGAGUUCAGCAGACAGAUGGAGGAGAAGAACAGAGAACAUUUUAGACUGAGUGAAGAAGUCAAAAGGACAACAUUGAUAAGUGUAACAUAUCAGAUCCAGCAGCAGGUUUAAGAUACAGUACGUUUACGUUGCAUUUAUGACCUAGAGCUCUAUUUUGCUGCUGCAGUGAAAAAUCACACAUUGUGACAAAUAUUUUAUAACUGAACAAUUAACCAGAGGACGAUUUUGUGCAAUUGUAAACAAAGACAGUCUUAAUAAAGGUCUGGCAUUGUGAGACAUUUUCUCUUGACAUGUCAGAGUGUGUGAGCUGCUAUGAUGUUCAUCUAAAACUCACUAACAGGAGGAGGGUUUCAGAUUAUACCACAUGUGACAUGUAAACUGGUACUGAAAUAGCAGAACUCCAGUUCAGACGCUUUCUCUGUGAUGUGACUGCUUUAUUUUCUAUUUAUCAGCAUCAAGACAGAGAAAAGAGACUGAUGAAGGAAUCACAUCUAUAGCUGUUAUUAUUCCUGCUAUAAGUGAUAACUCAGACGUUCCACAGCAUUUACAUGUUAAACUAAAUGGGAAAAGUAACGUGUCAUUCUUUAUUUAAUAAACACUAAGAAUGUUUGUAGUCAGUAAAUAAUCUAUUUCCAGGUGGGAACAGUAACCUAAUCAUUAAUCAUUUUCCUCUAACUGAACACCUCCAAGUGUUUUAUUCUGUAAUGGUGUUAGUUAGGGGAGUCUAUAAUGAUAGAAACACAGGAACUGAAACCAUGUAGUGACACUUUUCCUGUGUUUAAUAAUGUUUUAGUGUCACUGUUACUUCACUAAGCUCUUUUCUCCUGGUGUCUUGUUCUGCUUCUUAAUUCAUACCUCAUUUCUGUAACAGAAACACAAACAGCUGAAUGAGUGACACAUUUCUACAUUAUCUGGGUGUGCAAUAAAAUUGAAUGUGUAUUUACUGAAAGGUUUAUGGAAUGUUUUGCAUGUAGAAAUGUACAAUAACUGUAAUAAAGAGGUCAACAACAGGA